AUGCGCGCAGUCGUCUGUCCCCGCGCCUCGAUCCCGCCGUCCGGGCUUGUUUAUACGACGACGCACCCGAAGCCAUUGCCGAAGCCAGGGCACGUCCUCAUCCGCGUCAAGGCUUUCGGACUCAACCGCUCGGAGCUCUUCACCCGGCAGGGACAUUCCCCUGGUAUCCAGUUCCCCCGGGUCCUUGGCAUCGAAUGCGUCGGGACGGUGCAGGACGCGGGAGGAGGAAGUUGGAAGGAGGGCGAUGUCGUCGCCGCAGUCAUGGGUGGGAUGGGACGGCAGUUUGACGGUGGGUAUGCGGAGUAUGCGCUCAUCCCUGCGAAGCAGGUGUCUCAACCUGUCAAGCUUCCGGAGGGAAUGGGCUGGGCUGAGUUUGGUGCCAUCCCAGAGACUUUCUUUACAGCCUGGGCGGCCUUAUCAGAGUCCCUCAAACUCACAUCCAAAGACACGCUCCUCAUUCGCGGUGGUACUUCAAGUGUCGGCGUAGCCGCUGCCACUCUGGCCAAGUCCUCUCUUUUCUCCUGCCCCAAGGUUAUAUCAACCACCCGCUCGCCUGGUAAGGUGGACAAACUCAGAACAUACGGAGCCGACCGUGUCAUAAUCGAGGACGAGUCUGCGUCGGUCGCGGAGAAGGUGAAAGAGCUGACGGGCGGAAAGGGGGCGGACAAGUGCAUAGAGCUGGUCGGCCCGCCGACACUUGAUGACUCGUGCAACGCGCUUGCGGAUAACGGCGUUGUGAGUGUUGUGGGGGUUUUGGGAGGCGUGUGGACGUGCAAGGAGUUCGACCCGAUGGGUACCCUCGCCCCGAGGAAGCACUUGACGAUGUAUAGUUCGCACUAUUUGGACGUAUCCAAGGCACCUCUGCAAUGGAUUAUGGAUGCCGUUGCACGGGGAGAGGUUCACCUUGGGCUCGACAAGGUGUUCAAGAUAGAAGAGGCAGGUGCUGCUCAUGAGUAUAUGGAGGCGAAUAAAGCAAGUGGCAAGGUCGUCUGUUUGGUCGACUGA